AUGUCUCUGAUAGUUGGUGUGGAUGACUACAGCUCAGAGUCUGAUGUGAUUAUUAUACCUUCAGCCCUGGACUUUGUCUCACAAGAUGAAAUGUUGACUCCGCUAGGAAGAUUGGACAAGUAUGCUGCAAGUGAGAACAUAUUUAAUAGACAAAUGGUGGCCCGGAGUUUGCUGGAUACAUUGAGGGAAGUCAGUGACGAUGAAAGAGAUUGUAUUGCUGUUUUGGAAAGAAUUAGCAGACUAGCUGAUGAUUCAGAACCAACAGUGAGAGCAGAGCUGAUGGAACAAGUACCUCCUAUUGCAUUAUUUUGUCAAGAAAACCGGCCUUCAAUCCCAUAUGCUUUUUCCAAGUACUUACUCCCUAUCGUGGUUAGGUAUCUUGCAGACCAGAAUAAUCAGGUGAGAAAAACAAGUCAGGCAGCUUUGCUGGCUUUGCUGGAGCAGGAGCUAAUUGAGCGAUUUGAUGUGGAGACUAAUGUGUGUCCAGUCCUCAUAGAACUAACUGCCCCAGAUAGCAAUGACGAUGUGAAAACAGAAGCCGUUGCUAUAAUGUGCAAAAUGGCAUCCAUGGUUGGAAAGGACAUUACUGAGCGUCUUAUCCUCCCUAGGUUUUGUGAGAUGUGCUGUGAUUGCAGAAUGUUUCAUGUUCGAAAGGUAUGUGCUGCUAAUUUUGGAGAUAUCUGCAGUGUAGUUGGCCAGCAAGCUACUGAGGAAAAACUGUUGCCCAGGUUUUUCCAGCUUUGCUCUGACAAUGUUUGGGGAGUGCGAAAGGCUUGUGCUGAGUGCUUCAUGGCUGUGUCCUGUGCAACGUGUCAAGAAAUCCGAAGGACCAAAUUGUCAGCGCUAUUUAUUAAUUUGAUCAGUGAUCCUUCACGUUGGGUUCGCCAAGCAGCUUUUCAGUCUCUGGGGCCUUUCAUAUCUACUUUUGCUAACCCCUCUAACUCAGGCCAGUAUUUUAAAGAAGAAAGCAAAAGUACAGAAGAUAGCUUAUCAAUAGAAGGCAAAAACAGAGUCAGUGAUGAAGACGUCUUAGAAGAUGCACAUAUCCAGUCAGAGGCUGAGCCUUCGAAUGCUGGUGUCCGGUUGGAAAGCGCAGUGAAGGAGACUGCUGGAACUGCUAGGACGUCUCUAGGGGAAGUCAGUGCUCCAGGAAACACCACCUUACUUUGUACUCUGUCCUCAGAAGGACACCAGGACAUAGCUAGUAAUGUCAAUGAUAAAAACCCUGGGAACUGCAAAUCUGUACUGUGGUCAGAGGUGGGCUCACAAGAUUCCAAUCUCUCAGAUCAGGAAUUAUAUAAUUCCUUCCAUUUCUGGAGGACUCCUCUUCCCGAAAUAGAUAUAGAUGGAGAACUUGAACAGGGCUCUGGGGAUAAGCUCAGCCCAGAAAGGCCAGAGGAGACUCAUGAAGUUACUGUGCCGUGUUCUCCAAACAUUACCAUGGCCACCAGAAAGGAGCUUGAAGAAAUGAUAGAAAAUCUGGAGCCUCACAUUGAUGAUCCAGAUGUUAAAGCACAAGUGGAAGUGCUGUCCGCAGCACUGCGUGCCUCCCAUCUGGAUGCUCAUGAGGAGACUCUGAGUAUUGAGAAGACAAGUGAUUUGCAAGAUGAACUGGGUAUAAAUGAGCUACCAAAUGUUAAAAUAAAUCAAGAUGAUUCUGUGCCUUUAAUCAGCGAUUCUGUUGAGAAUAUGGACUCCACUCUUUGCUAUAUUCAUAAUGAUUCAGACCUGAGCACCAAUAGUAGUUUCAGCCCUGAUGAGGAAAGGAAAUCAAAAGUACAAGAUGUUGUACCUCAGGCUUUACUGGAUCAGUAUUUAUCUAUGACUGAUCCCUCUCGUGCACAGACAGUUGACACUGAGAUUGCUAAGCACUGUGCGUAUAGCCUUCCUGGUGUCGCGCUUACACUGGGCAGACAGAAUUGGCACUGCCUGAGAGAGACUUAUGAGACCCUAGCUUCAGACAUGCAGUGGAAAGUUCGAAGAACAUUAGCGUUCUCCAUCCAUGAGCUUGCAGUUAUUCUUGGAGAUCAGCUGACAGCUGCAGAUCUGGUUCCAAUUUUUAAUGGAUUUUUAAAAGACCUUGAUGAAGUUAGGAUAGGUGUUCUGAAACAUUUGCAUGAUUUUCUGAAGCUUCUUCAUAUUGACAAAAGAAGAGAAUAUCUUUAUCAACUUCAGGAGUUCUUGGUGACUGAUAAUAGCAGAAAUUGGCGCUUUCGAGCUGAACUGGCUGAACAGCUCACUUUACUGCUGGACUUGUACAGCCCCAGAGACGUAUAUGACUACUUACGUCCCAUUGCUCUCAAUCUCUGUGCAGAUAAAGUCUCUUCUGUGCGCUGGAUUUCCUACAAGCUGGUUAGUGAGAUGGUAAAGAAACUCUACAUGGUAACACCCCCAACAUUUGGAGUUGAUCUCAUAAACGAGCUAGUAGAAAAUUUUGGACGAUGUCCUAAAUGGUCUGGUCGGCAAGCCUUUGUCUUUGUCUGCCAGACUGUCAUUGAAGAUGAUUGUCUUCCCAUGGACCAGUUUGCUGUGCAUCUAAUGCCACACCUGCUCACCUUAGCAAAUGACAGGGUUCCAAAUGUCAGAGUGCUCCUUGCAAAAACACUGAGACAAAGUCUGUUAGAAAAAGAUUAUUUCUUAACCUCUGCGAGUUGUCAUCAGGAAGCUGUAGAGCAAACAAUUAUGGCUCUUCAGAUGGACCGUGACAGUGAUGUGAAAUACUUUGCAAGCAUUCACCCAGCUGGAACCAGAAUUGCUGAAGAUGCCAUGAGCACAGCUUCUUCUACCUACUAG